AUGAUUUGUUCUUUUCGCUAUUUGAUUUUAGGCAAUAUUCCUGGAUUUUGUCUUCUCUUAUUUGAUCUAGUCUUUAUACCUGUUUAUUUUACAAUUGAUAAGAUGAAAACAUAUAAAGAAUUGAUUAAUUUUAAUCAAGGCUGCAAAUUGCCAUUUUCUAUUUUGAUAUCCUCUAUUGGACAAACUAUUAUCCAAUUAUCUUUAAAUUAUGUUUAUUUUUUACUCAAUAUAUAGAGUUAGUAUGAGAGUGAUUUUGCUAUCCAUCAAAGAAAUAGAAUGAUCCUUAGAUGA